AGGUUUGGCACUUGUAGAGAUAAACAAGCUUUCUCUCAAAAAAAAAAAAAAAAGGAUAAACAAGCUCAAACCCACCAAGAUUCACAUGCUUUGAAGAAGAAACUGAAGGCGCAUAAUAAAAGCUUUUCCAAAAAUAAACAUGGUGAAAAGCAUCAAAGAAGAGUCCAGGUCGUUUUUUCUAUAUUGUUGCACAAAAAACUUCCAGAAACCAGCGUCUCCGGAAAAGAAACCGGGAGAAGGAACGAAUGGAAAUGCUUCGUCGGUCUCCUGUACAAAGCAGAACAAGCCUGGAGGGUGGAAAGCUAUGCCUUACAUCUUAGGAAAUGAAACGUUCGAGAGGUUAGCAACGUUUGGGUUGUUGGCAAAUUUUAUGGUGUAUUUGAUGAGAGAGUUACACAUGGAUCAGGUGUCAGCUUCAAAUGUUUACAACAUCUGGUUUGGUAUAACCAAUUUUGCACCUCUGCUUGGUGCUAUUAUCUCCGAUGCCUAUGCCGGGAGGUUUCGAACCAUUGCGGUUGCAUCCUUUGCUUCAUUUCUGGGAAUGUUGAUUGUGACUUUGACGGCUUGGAUCCCACAUCUCCAUCCUGCAGAAUGCAAACCUGAAGAUCAACCAAAUGGUCACUGCGUUGGUCCAAACAAGGCUCAACUGGGAGUUCUGCUAACAGGGCUAGGUCUGUUAUCAGUAGGCACAGGCGGAAUAAGACCUUGCAGCAUUCCAUUUGGAAUUGAUCAAUUUGAUCCAACCACUGAAGAAGGGUUAAAAGGGAUCAGCAGCUUCUUCAAUUGGUAUUACACCACAUUUACAGUGGUCAUAUUGCUUACUUUAACUCUUGUGGUUUAUAUUCAAGACUCAGUAAGCUGGGUUCUAGGCUUUGGAAUUCCUACCCUGCUCAUGGGCAGUUCCAUAGUUCUGUUCCUCAUCGGAACUAGAAUUUAUGUGCACGUUAAGCCACAAGGAAGCAUAUUUUCAAGCAUUGUGCAAGUGCCUUUUGCCGCUUACAAGAAACGACAGCUUAAGCUACCAGCAGAGGGAGAGGAAAUUGGAGUUUUCUAUGAUCCUCCUGUAAAGGAAAAUGUAUUGUCAAAGCUACCCGUCACCAGCCAGUACAGGUUCUUAAACAAAGCCGCCAUAAUAAUGGAGAAUGAAUUACAACCCGAUGGUUCCCCUAAUAAAUGGAGGCUGUGCAGCAUUCAAGAAGUAGAAGAGGUCAAAUGCCUGAUCAGAGUCAUUCCUAUAUGGGCUUCUGGUAUCAUUAGCUUUACCUCCAUGGCACAACAGGGAACGUUCACUGUGUCACAGGCUUUGAAAAUGGACAGGCAUCUUGGCUCCAAGAUCCAAAUCCCAGCUGGUUCCAUUGGGAUCAUAUCGAUGAUCACAAUUGGAAUUUUCCUCCCUGUCUAUGACAGAAUAAUUGUUCCAGGUCUUCGAAAAUUCACCAAACGUGAAGGUGGGAUAACGCUUCUUCAAAGAAUUGGCAUCGGCAUCUUUUUCUCAAUUCUGGCGAUGAUUGUUGCCGGAGUGAUGGAAAAGAAGAGAAGGGACUCAGCUAUACUGCACCCUGGUGUUGCACCAAUAUCAGUCUUUUGGCUAGCUCCUCAGCUUAUCCUCAUGGGCUUCUGCGAGGCAUUCAACAUUAUUGGACAGAUUGAAUUUUUCAACAAGCAGUUUCCAGAGCAUAUGAGAAGCAUUGCUAAUUCUCUUCUCUUUUGCUCCCUGGCCGGCGCAAGCUACUUGAGCAGCAUUGUAGUCAAUAUUGUGCAUCAUGUCACUGGAGGGCAUGGACACCCUGACUGGUUGGCUAGUGAUAUCAAUGCUGGCAAACUGGAUUACUUUUACUAUCUUCUAGCAGGGAUGGGGGCCUUCAAUUUCCUUUAUUUUCUCUAUGUUGCAUAUCACUAUCGUUACAAGGGCACUGUACAAAUGGAAGAUAAAUCUGACCCUGAUGUUGAGCUAAGUUCGAUCAAACCAUGAAACUAAAUAGAUGUAAUCUUAUUGUAUCUAGGUAAUAAUAUGAAGAAUAAUACUCUUUUACGGUGGCUUUAAUAGUCGCUCGGGGUCACAUGUUCAAAGUAAUAAAGGAAAAGAGCAUGCUCUUUUCAUUGUUGUAACAGAGCAGUAUGGGUUGUCUUUGAAA